AUGGGCAACAUCUGCCAAUGUUGCGGAGCCAGAGAGAAGGAUCCGUCCUGGCUUCCAGACUACGCGUCGGGUGGAAACACUCAGCAUGGGUACGCGCUAGCGAAGAAUGAUCGGCAACGAAUGGAAGAUGCCGUGCUGAUCCAUGAGAACAUAGCAGGAAAUGCCUGCUUCGCUGUCUUCGACGGUCACGGAGGCGAGAAGGCCACUCUACUGGCCAAGCAAUUUCUUCCAGAGCAGCUCGAGCAUCACCUCCAACAAGACUGCAGCAAGGAGGAAGCUGCCCAACAAGCCUUCGUGGCAGUGGAUGAGCUGAUGCAGAACAAACUGGCGGAGGAAGCCAAGCAGUUUACAGUGGGCACUUCAUCGGGCACUGUCACGUGUGUUGCCCUACUCCAGGCCGACGAGCUCAUUAUUAUCAACUUAGGGGACUGCCGAGCAGUUCUUUGUGAAAACGGGAAGGUGAGCACCACCACACAAGAUCACAGCCCGGAGAAAAACGACCUGGAACAUCAGCGGUUGAAGGAGCUGGGCGUCAACAUCGAAGGGGGCUAUGUGGAUGGGAGGGUGCAGGUAUCACGUGCUCUUGGAGAUAUCGUCGACAAGACAGGAAAGAAGAUCCAUGGUCUCAGCAGCAUGCCUGAUGUCACAGUAAUCAAAGUGAAGCCAACCACGGAGUUCGUCAUCCUUGCCACAGACGGAGUCUGGGACGGCCUGCGCGAGCAAUUAGCGGUCACCACUGCUAGGAAGGUCUUGCGAGAGACCAGGUCUGCAGAAGGAGCUGCAACAGCCGUUCUAGAAGCAGCAGGGAAGGCUACCAAGGCCGACAACGCGGCGGUUAUCGUUGUGGGACUUAAUGUGCCAGAGCCGCUCCCGAAACGGGAUCCGGCCCAGAAUCGCUUCCGGCAGAGCUCCAAGACGGAGUGA